AUGGUUUACAUCAGACCGUUUAACGUCGAACAAUGGAUGGAUAAAUACGAAACAAAAUGUACCAAUAACAUCGCCGAAACCUGCUGCGACUCCGUCUCUCUCGCCGAACUCAUUUCCCUAACCUCGAACUCAACCACCCAGUCCCACUCCGAAACGCCUUUAAUCCUUUCUUUAUCCAAAAAACGACUCGACUACGGUCACAUCCGCGGCUCCCCCACCCUCCUAACAAACAUCUCAACCCUCUACUCCACCCCUUCAAACCCCUUCCCAUUCUCACAAAUCCUCAUAACCCCAGGCGCCAUCGCCGCAAACUUCUUAGUAUUCUAUACCCUCAUCCACCCUUCCCAUCAUGUAAUCUGCAUCCACCCAACCUACCAACAACUCCACUCCGUCCCCGCAUCCCUAGGUGCUUCGGUCUCCCUCUGGAAGCUCCAAGAAACCGAAACCAGCUGGAACGCCGAUAUCAAUGAAUUAAAGUCAUUGAUAGUACCCGGUGCUACAAAACUUUUGGUACUAAAUAAUCCCAACAACCCCACCGGCGCGGUUCUACCGCUGGAGGUUUUGAUGGAAGUUAAGGUAUUGGCCGAAAAGUACGACAUAACGGUACUAAGCGACGAAGUCUACGCUCCAAUAUACCAUUCCUCACCAGAUCCACCGCCACCGUCAUUCCUAACCCUUGGCUACAAGAAUACAAUCGUAACUGGAUCCUUAUCGAAAGCCUAUAGUCUGGCUGGUAUAAGAAUCGGCUGGAUAGCAUCCAACAACGCGGAUAUCAUAGAACUACUAGCUCAAGCUAGAGAUUACAAUACAAUCGCCGUAUCCCAGCUUGAUGAUAUAGUAGCCGCAUAUGCGCUUUCACCAACCGUUCGACGAGCAUUGGUGAAACGGAAUAUAGACCUUUGCGAAAAAAAUCUGGAGCUUUUGGAUGAUUUUAUAAGAAAGUAUCCGAAACAUAUGAAUUAUGUUAAACCCGUCAGUGGGACGACGGCGUUUGUGAAGUUUUUGAAUCCGAGGAGUGGAAAGGUGGUGGAUGAUGUGAGGUUUUGUGAGGCUUUGACGAGGGAUACUGGGGUAUUGUUCGUGCCCGGAGGACAUUGUUUUGGGGUUGAUGAGGGGGAGUUUAAGGGAUAUGUGAGGAUUGGAUAUGCUUGUUCGACGGAUACUUUGAGGUUUGGGUUGAUGAAGGUUGGGGCGUGGAUCGAGGGUGGUGGAAUGGAUUUUGUAUAG